ACGAGAGCUCCGCCCCCCCGUGGGGUGGGCCCCGGUCGGUGCGGCUGGCUCUCCCCUUCUCCCUCCUGGGCCCGCGAGGACGCUGUGGGAUUUGGCACCAUGUCUGUGUCAAGGCUGGCUCGGUUGCUUGGCUGCGUCCCGGCCACCGCGUGGAGAGCGGCAAGAUCACCCCUUUUAUGUCAUUCUGUGAGGAAAAUGAGUUCUCAAGGAGAAAAAUCCAAACCCAUCAAACAAUCUCUUAAGAAGCCAAAGUUACCAGAAGGUCGUUUUGAUGCACCCGAAGAUUCUAAUUUAGAGAAAGAACCACUGACAAUGAGAAGGGGCCAUCUGCAAGCCAGGAAGAGAGUCUUCACCGGAACCCAGCCAUGCUGGCAUCCUGAUCUCAGACUCGUGGCCUCUAGAAGUAAUUUCCAGAUGAUAUUAAUCCUGUUACCAAAGAAAAAGGUGGACCUAGAGGCCCAGAACCUACCCGAUAUGGAGAUUGGGAACGAAAAGGACGCUGUAUUGAUUUUUAAGAUACAUAUUAUUAACUUCAGUAUCUUUUUCUGAAUAUGUACGUCUGAAUUUAUUUCCAGUUUUUUCUUUCUGUAUAUCCUUUAAGUCAUUUAAUUUCUGUAAUGUGUUUAAAAACAUAAAUAAUGCCUUGAAAGAAAAUAUGCUGCUAUAAAUUAAGGGGAAAUAGUUGUACAUUAGCACAUUAAUUUAAUUUAAAUAUAUUGGAGUAUAUAAAUGGUGAUUAGAGCUGCAAACUCAUUUCAUCACAUUUCAGUUUAUGUUAAUCAGCUGCUUAUAAAAUGCAAAUGUAAAUAAAACAAGUUUUAAUGAUUUUUAUUGCUGCAUGCUAGGUAAUAGUGACUUUUUAAAUGUGAGUUAAGUAACACAUUAUAGUUUGAUAAGGCCACAGUAACAACAGAAAAUCUAACUCCAGAGCCAGUUUACUUGGGUUCAAAUCCUGGCUCUGCUACUUAUUAGCCAUGUGAUCUUGGAUAAGUUAUUUAACUUCUCUACAUCUCAGUUAUCUUCAUGCGUAAAUUGGAGUUAAUGCUAGUUUUACCCUAUCAGGUAGUGAGAAGAUAUUUAAGUGAGUAAGUACAUGUAAACUACUUGGAACAGUGCAUAGCACAUGGCUCUCAGUGUAAGUGUUAGCUAUCCUUCGAUCUUAAAUGUAUUUUUCCAAGGCUCUAGGCUUUCUGUGGAGAAAUAUUAAGAAACCAAGUUUGAAAUACUUGAACUGAAAUUGUUUUAUAUGAAUAUAAUGUUAAAAAAUCAUUAGUUGGAAAAUUAGUGAUUUUUUGCAUGGAUUAACUGAGCUGAAAUAUAUACUAGAUUGUUAAACAUGAAAUUUAGAUACAGAGGGUCAAUAUGAGGAAAGCAGGGGAUGAAAUGGGCCAGCUUAGUUUUGAUGACUCAGAAGCUCUUAUAUUGUGGCCUUUGGAUAACUGGGUCAGGAAAAGGCAUGUCCAGUUUACAGAUGUGGAAUGAAGGAAGAAUGGAGACUGCUGGCUCACCUAAGGCAUCCUAUGCUGUCCUCUGGCCUUACUCAGUCCCAGAGAUUGGACCUUCAGCCCCCAGGCUACACUUAAAUUACUUAGGAAGAAAGGGUUUGCAGGGUCUGUAGAAGACAAUGCAGGGAGCUGAUAAUGCUGUGAUAUGAUUUACAAGAGCAAUAUUAUUUGAGAAGAUUAUAGGAGAUUUAUACAAGAGAAUAAACUUUCUUAAAAGUGUAUUCUCCUCAGAAACUAAGUAGUGUAGUAAUUGGGCCUUGUCAUUCAGUCUUGGUAUUGGUUCUCUCUCAGUCAACAUUUGUUCUUCUAAUGGCUGUUACUGUGUAUGCCAUUGAGUAAUAACCACAUUCCUUUAAAAAUAUUCUGUAGGGGGGCGCCUGGGUGGCUCAGUCAUUAAGCGUCUGCCUUCGGCUCAGGUCAUGAUCCCAGGGUCCUGGGAUCGAGCCCCACGUCGGGCUCCCUGCUCUGCGGGAGGCCUGCUUCUCCCUCUCCCACUCCCCCUACUUGUGUUCCUGCUCUCACUAUGUCUCUCUCUGUCAAAUAAAUAAAUAAAAUUAAAAAAAAAAAAAAGUUUAAAAGAAAAAAAAAAAAUUCUGUAGGGGCACCUGGGUGGCUCAGUCAGUUAAGCGUCUGCCUUUGGCUCAGGUCAUGAUCCCAGGGUCCUGGGACUGGGCCCCGCGUCGGGCUCCCUGCUUUGCAGGAGGCCUGCUUUUCCCUCUCCCGCUCCCCCUGCUUGUGUUCCCUCUCUAGCUGUCUCUCUCUCUCUCUGUCAAAUAAAUAAAUAAAACCUUAAAAAAAAAAAAAAAAAUUCUGUAAUUUAGUCGUCCUUCAAUUAGCCCACAUUAGUGUAAGUUUUUAUUAGGUUAACAUUCCAGAAGUACUAUGUCAAAUUAUUUUGUAUAGUUUUGCCUCUGUUUGUGGUAUGUGAUACAGGAGAGAUAACUUAGAUACUUCAAAAAUGAAUAUAAAAUAUGUAACAAAGUGUUGUAUUAAGAUAAUAGAAUCCUUAACCUCUGUUAAUAGUAACAUAUUCCAUGACAGCCGUCAAAUACAUAGGUACAGUUUGGUGGCAUGAAAACAUUUAUGGUCUUUAUGUCCAUCAAACAUUAACAAAAAAACCUGAAGACUUUCAAAAGAUGUAGCACUGGAACUGCGUCACUCACAUCUGGUCCUGUGGGAAGCAGAGUUGACUGAGAACUGCAGCUGCUGCCCCAUGGGAUCCACCCCUGUGUUCCUGCUGAGGCUACACUUCCUCCAGGCUGUUCCCAGCCAAUGAAAGAGUAUGUUGGCCCUCUCCCCUCAUGGAUGACAUUGGCUCAGGGACUCCCCAUUAACCUGCCCAGUACUUUCCUCGGACUGUACUGCUGUCUGAGACUCUUCCUACCCAGUCCUCCUCUCCUUCUCUCUCCCUUCAUAGGUGUCAGACUCUGCCUACUUGUCCCCUUCAUGAUUCAAAACGUUUCCCCAGUAAAUCACAUUUAAUCCCAUUUUAUCAUUUGUUUCUCAGAGAACCCAAACUAAUGUGUAUAGUUUUAAAAGAACAGCCUAUAAAAGAACAACUUACAGACAGGUUUUUAGAAAAUGCCACAAAGCUUGUGGCUUUUUCUAGUACAACAUAGUCUAACCAUUUAAAUUUUACAUUGCUUGGGGAUUCUGGGAAAUUAUAGGUUGUACAUUUAUACAGAAGGCUCGUACCGUGGAAGCUUGUACAUUUUAGGUGUUUUGGUAGAAUUGAAUUAUGUCCAGCGUUUUUCUUAUUGUGAUGUCAGUUGCUGUGACCUACUAUGAGUCAAAAUCUACUGUUACCUAUUACUAAACUUGAAGAGCCAGCUGAAAGCCAUAUUCUGCACAUAAAUAACAAAUGUUCAUUGGAUGAAUAGUAUGGCUUACAAUGAACAAACUUAGUAACAGUAAUUGUUAAUGAUGUAUCAGCAAUUUUAAUGAUACUUUCGGAACAGCCAGUAAUUUUUACAAGUGCGAUAAGAAUGGCAGUGGACUUUUUAAAAGAUUUUAUUUAUUUAUUUGACAGAGAGAUGGAGAGCACAAGCAGGGGGAGUAGCAGGCAGAGGGAGAGGGAGAAGCAGACUCCCUGCUGAGCAGGAAGCCCGCCGCGGGGCUGAUCCUGGGACCCUGAGAUCAUGACCUGAGCCGAAGGCAGAUGCUUAACUGACUGAGCCACCCAAGCGCCCCAAGGCAGUGGACUGUUAACCAAUACUGAUUGAUCAAUUAUGAAGUAAAAUGAAGAAUGCCUCGAGUUCAUUCCUGCAUUCAGUUGAUUCUAUUUAAUCAGUGAUUGUUCAGAUAUUCUGCUAGUCUCUGUGUAUUUGGUGAUGAAUGAAGCAGAGCCCUUGCCAUCCUGUCAUAAAGUCUGAUGGAUUUGAUUUACACAUGAGAACAAUUCCAAAUGAUAACUGACUGAAGACUAAAUGCAUUGCAAGUGACUGUACUUCACCCCAGCCAAACCAAAGGGAACUUCCUACUUUUGAUGAGGCUAUCACUUUCUGGAUUUUUAUUCCUAGAUGACUCUUGAGAGAUCUAAGUGUUCACCUUUUUAAAUUUAAACUGAUUCUGUGAGAUAUGGAUCAAGUCAAAUAUUCAUUCUGUGAUCAGUUGUGCUCUGACCUUGCCAUAUAUCAGACAUUGACCUAGACACUGACCAGGAAUCCGGUGGGGAGUGAACAGAGUGAUGUAAUUAAGAUUCCUGGACAGGUAAAGCUUCCUCAAGCCAUUCCUGGCUCCAGAAGAGCGUUUUUGGCGGGCAUCCCUUUGCACAGCUGCUGGAACUGAAGCUGCCUCUGACCUCCUAAACCAGGACUGGCUGUUAUGAAUGAAUUAUAAAGAAUAUUGAAUGAUCCAUGCAUAGGAAGGGAUAUGUGAAUAUUAAGAAAUAUUUAUCAUCGUUAAGUAUUUGGUUUUGGUUCUGUGUCCCUUGGGGACUUUGUUCUAAGUCUUCCUCCUUGAGAUCUUUCAGUCAUAGAAAGACACCGCUUUCCUGACCCUCCCAUUGACUCUGGCCUUGGUUCCAACAUAUGCUGCUUUUGCAUCUCCCUCCUUUUCUCCUCAGUGGGGGCAAUACUGUGUAUUCUGUCUAAACCAACUUCUCUCAUGAUCACCCAAAUCUGGAUGGAAAAUUAAAAAGGUAACCUCUAAUAUUCAAGGUAACCUCUAAUAUUCAACCUAUUAUUAGAGGUUACCUUCUUAGAUAAAGUAACAGAAUCUACUCUGUUUCAGCACUCUUUGGUCUUAAGGCCCUUUUAUACUCUAGAACUCUUUGGAGGUCCCUUAGUUGUUUAGGACCCCAAAGAACUUGUGUUUACGUGUGUCAUAUCUAUUGAUAUUUACCAUGUUAGGAAUGAAAACCAAGCAAUAUUUAAUUAAUUUUAAAAUAAUCCCAUAAUUGGGGCACCUGGCUGACUCAGUAGAGCAUGUAGCUGUUGAUUUCAGGAUCAUGAGUUCGAGCCCCACCUGGGGUGUAGAGAUUACUUAAAAAUAAAAUCUUAAAAAUAAAAUAAUAAAAUAACCCCAUAACAAACCCAUUACAUGUUAACAUAAAAUAGCAUUUUUUGGAAAAAUAACUAAUUUUUCUAAAACAAAAAUUAAGAGUCGUAUUGUUUCAAAUUUUUGUAAUCCUCUUUUAUGUCUAACUUAAUAGAAGGCAGCGGUAUUCUCAUAUCCUUUUCUGCAUUCAAUCUGUUGUGAUGCUGUUUUUUUUUUUAAGAUUUUAUGUAAUCACUUGAGAAAGAGAGUGAGCGAGCACAAGCAGGGGGAGUGGCAGAGGGAAAGGGAGAAGCAGGCUUCCCGCUGAGCAGGGAGCCCGACAUAGGGCUUGAUCCCAGGACCCUGGGAUCAUGACCUGAGCCGAAGGCAGACAUUUAACUGACUGAGCCACCAGGCACCCCAUGAUACUGCUUUUUUUUUUUUUUUUAAAUAUGGAACGCUUCACGAAUUUGCGUGUCAUCCUUGCGCAGGGGCCAUGCUAAUCUCUGUAUCAUUCUAAUUUUAGUAUAUGUGCUGCCGAAGCGAGCACCCAUGAUACUGCUUUGAUUGAGGUGUAUCGAAGAAAAAAGCUGGCUUCACACAGAUCCAAAAUUAGAAAAUGGAGGAUCUCACAGAUCCCCUGAAAAGGCCUUGGGGACCCCCAGAGUCCUUGGACCACAAACUUUAAGAACUGCUGAGCCGAUUAAGUAAAAGGAGGGUACUAAAUGUAGGGCAAGCAGAACUGGCUGAGCCUCCAAGACCAAGUUUCAGAACCACACAACAGCGCUGGCUGGAGAAAGGAGCUGGUACCUGAAAUUCUAGUCGGCUGCACCUCUUCCAGGCAAGAACCCGCUGACCACUGGAUGGUCACAGCCACGGCAGUAGCCACCUGAGCCCCGGAGGCUGCCGCCAACCACACUGACAAAACAAAGACUUGGUAGCUUCCCCACCCACCCCCCCAUCUAACCUAUUUCUGCAUCAUUGUCCUCUGUGGGUGGACACUGAAGUCAGAUGUCUGUGUACCCUAAUGGAGGAUAGGACAUGUACUGUCACCGAAUUCUGUGUGGCUUUGGGGGGCUCCACACUAGGGAACUUACCAGAUGUGGAGAUGAUUUUUAACAGAUUUUGUGCAGAUGUUACUUGUCAAUCACUAUCAUCUGAGAAAACUAGUUGAGAAUCAGCUUUACUGGGGCAUCAAAUUGUGAAAGUAAAAUAUAAUGUAGACCUUUAAAAAAUAAGGUUUGAGUGAUCCCUAAAACACAUUAAAUGUCUAUUCCUGCUCAUUUGAAGAAUGCUUCCAUAAAGAUUGGACAUCUGAGCCUAUAAUUUCUUUUUAUGCCACUUACAUAGCCUUGGUUAAUGAAUAUGAACAUUAGUUAUGUGAAAGUUGCUUAAAAUUCAGGAACAGCCCAUAUUCAUUUAAAAUACAGUCUAGUUAUAUUUAGGCCCUGCUUUUCUAACUUGGUCGUGGCAAGUGGAAUCUUGUUUAAAGCCUUGAAACUGCAAGUACUCCUAAUUAGGAGUUUUACUAGCUGUUGCUAGUAAAAAGGAAUCAUGGACAGAUUGAGAAGGGAGUUUUUUGUUGAUGCAGGUGUGAGAAGGAGGUGAAAAUCAAAGGAACUUUUUUUUUUAAGAUUUUAUUUAUUUAUUUGAGAGAGAGAGAAUGAGAGAGAGCAUGAGAAGGAGGGGGGUCAGAGGGAGAAGCAGACUCCCUACCGAGCAGGGAGCCCAAUGCAGGACUCGGCCCCGGGACUCCAGGAUCAUGACCUGAGCCGAAGGCAGUCGCUUAACCAACUGAGCCACCCAGGCGCCCUCAAAGGAACUUUUAGAAGCAACUUAUUAAGAGAAUAUUGGAAGCUGAAAACAUGCAAGGGAGAAAACUAGGGAAAUGUCUUUGCAGGGUUGUCUGUAGCCCCUUUAGAAAAAUCUGAAUUUAUAAACUGAGAUGUUAUAGACUGGACUGUAACCUUUAUCUUUUUUUUUUUUUAAGAUUUUAUUUAUUAGAGAGAGAGAGAGAGAGCGCACGAGUGGGGGGAGGGGCAGAUGGAGAGGCAGACUCUCCGUUGAGCAGGGAGCCCAGUGCGGGGCUCAAUCCCAGGAACCUGAGAUCAUGACCUGAGCGGAAGGCUGACUCUUAACCGACGGAGUCACGCAGGCGACCCUGUAACGAUUAGCUUAAAACAUUGUAUAUUUCCUAGCAUAGGAGGUCACUGUAUUCAAGUUGACAUCUUCAACUUUAGAUAUUCAUAAAGUUUGGAUUCUUUGGUUUAUCAGAAGAUUUCAUAUUUUGUCUCAUCCCUCAGUCAAUGACUCAGGUGGAUCCCUUGUUUUUUUCAAAAAAGCUUACACAGAUUUCAUUUUGAGAACAUGCUCUCAUUUUCUUGCUGGUUAGAAAUGUCAGAACUUCUGAGCGAAUUGUCCCAUAUCAAAUCCAAACCCUUGAUUACAUGACCCUCUACCAUUUGUGCAUACCUACAUACUAAAUGUUUCAACUGGGCAGAGCAAUCUUUUUAUUUCCUAAUUUUAUACAGAUAGGUUAAUACUGACUAGAAUACCCCCUGCCUUUCUUUACAAACACAUCUUUUCUCUCUUCCUCCGGUCCUUUGCUGGAAUGAGUCUAGGUAUAAAUUACAUGAGUGAAACACUCUUCUCUGCUCUAAAAAAAAAAAAAAAAAAAAAAAAAAAUCCAAUUCACGUCAGACCUUAAUGUUUUUCUGUAUGAUGAAUCCUGACCACCUGUAGUCAAGGCUGUCACUGCAGCAGCCCCUCGUCCCUGUCGCAGAUCCCAUGGCUGGCAUGCACAGCACCGCCCUGCGUGUAUGUAUGCUGGUGGUUGUGAUGACUCGGCCCUUGUCCUCUUUUCCAGUGUUCUCUGUUUUUUUGUUCUGUGGGGGUUCUGAGUACAAGUUCUGCCAAUUAGAUGCACUUGAUGCGAUUUGAAAGGGGAUGUGAGGCAGGGCCGUCGUCCUGCCACGAGCUCGUACAGUGGGCAGGGAUGGUUGCACAGGCCGGAUCGGCCUGCAGCAGCACUCCGGGGUCUCGUCCCUAGUCCUGUGGGGUCACGAGGCAUCACAAUAGUGACAUCCGUGACUUCUGAUUCCUGAGUCACUACUGUGUUAGCGUAUUGUACUGAACAGGUCCACAGAGAGACUUCCAACUCCCCACCCUCCUCUUUGUGGCUGAAGUGAUGGCCACCCCCUGCCAUAGGCCAGUUUGUUCUUCUCUUUCUUGAAGUUAAUCCUGGAAGUUCAUUCUAGUGUCUACCCACCCGGCACUUCCAAUGUCAUCACUUCAAUACCUUUCCAUUAGAGUAACUAGAAAGGUUUCUGUUUCCUACAAUGAAUCCUGACUGUCAAGGUAUUCAUCUGUGGAUAAACCACUUCUGUCACGUCCUGUUUUGUUCCUAGAUUCUGCACUUGCUUUUCUUUAUGUAUCUGGAGCUACUUGACCCCACCCACAUGCCAAUCCCCACUGCAGGCGACUAAUAGGAGUUCCAGAAAGACAAAGAGAAACAGGGUAGAAGCUAUUAAAGAGUCAAAGCAAGACUAUUUAGCAGAAUCAAAGAAUAUCACCAGACUAAAGAGACCCCCCAGUACCGAUUCCAAGUCAUAAUGAAAUUGCAGACUAUCAGAGAUAAUCAAAAAUCUUCCAAAGAAGAGGAAAAAAAUGUCACAAAGGAAAAAACAAAUGGUACCAACUUUCCAGUAGAACACUGGCAAAGUGUGUAUAUAUAUAUAUAUAUGAUCCAGGAAGAAGAGAUUCAACACAAGCGAUGCAGUAAAGGAAGAUUCCAGGGCACAGCUGAGCAACAGCCCAGAGAACAACCAGUCCAGACAAGACUAAGGUGGGAGGUGUGUGAAAGGGAGAUAUGGGAGAGAGAGGGAAGUGGAAGUGAUGUAUUAUUUAGUUUGCUUGAGCAUUAAAAAAAAAAAUUAUUGAUAAGCAUCUGAGAAAUGUUGGAGAAUUUAGGAAACAUCAACAAGAACCUAGAAAACUAUGCAAACAAAAGAGACAAUUUUUAAAUUAUUAACUCUAGGAAAAACAACUUUGUACAAGAAAGGACAUGGACCUACAGUACACUGGCUCAGAGAGUAACUCAAUGCAUGUAAUUAUUACAUAAUCAUAACAAUUUUUAAGAUGUUAUUGAUUUGAAUUUUUUUGAGUCAUGACUUACCUGUAUGGAGAGAAGGGGAGAAAGUGGGCAGAGGAUGAUAGUGUCAGAGAGCUGAAUCUAGCACGCUGUACUAACAAGAAGUCAGGAGGUAAUUGCUAAAAUCGAUCAGUCCAGAGAUAACAAUGUGUGCACAUCAUGUAGAAAGAGGGAGGUAAAUACCAGAAGAAUCAACUGGAAGAGCUCAGAGUGCUUGCCCCUGGAGGUGAAUUGGCUGGGCAGGAAUUGCUGUUUUUUAUUAGAAGCUCUGUUUAUUAAAAUAAAUGAAUAUAUUAGUUAUUAUGUUAAGAACAUACACAGGUUUCUUGGGAAAAUUUAGAAAACAGAGUAUGAAGAAGGAAACAAAAAUUAUCUGUGAAACCUCUAUACCUGCUUAAUCUUUGGUGAAUUAUCCUUCAAUAGUCUUAAGUAUGUAUAGAUGUUUUUUGUAUAGGCAUUAUCCUAAUAAUUUCAUAGCCAAAAUUUCACUGUUUUAAUCUUCAAUUUCUUAAUCACAAGUGAUCUUAAACACUUCUCCCUAUGUUCAUCAGCCUUUUGCAUUUCCUCAUUUCCUCUAUUAAUUGCUUUUACUUGUCUCUUGCUCAUUUUCUUUUGGAUAUUGGUCUUUCUAUUAUCAAUUUGUAUGAGAUUUUGCUCUUCAAUUCUGCUUGUUUAUGCUGAAAUGUUUAUUUUUAUAGGGACUUCUUUUUUUUGGUAUAUCUUGGCCUCUGUGACCUUAACUUAUUAAUAUCCCUUCACAAAUUCCUUCAGUGGUUCUUGCCCAUGAUGAAGUCCUAAGUCUGUGUCCUUCCUGGUCUGGCCCUUGACCUCUGUUUGGGCCUCUCUUCCACAGGCCUCCUCCAUUCCAGUCAAGACCUACCACUCAAAGCCUCUCAAACUGGCUUUCCAAUAUCUCUACAUCUUUACAGAUAAACAUGCUUUCUGCCUUAAAUGCCUUUUCUUUACUGUCUGUCUAAAAAACACCUUUUGAUCUAUACCUCACCUUCUUGACUAUCUUUUCUGUGUUCUUUCCGCAUUCAACUAUUACAAAUGUAGUAACUUGUUUUAGAAUGAAUUGUCAAUUUUGUCUCCUCCAUUAAUCUGUGGACUUCCUUAUCUAUCUUUGUUCAGCUUUGUAUCCCCAGUUGUGGCACAAUGCUGGGUUCUUAGUAAACACUCAAUGAAUGUUG